AUGGAUGUUCCCGUAUCUCAUAAAGUGUCCAACUCGAUUUCGGUGGCCAUACCUCCACCGGAUGAGAGGAAUGUGUCACUUCCCGAACUUAGCAAAAUGAAGAUGGUACUCCUUGCCAUAAAUAUCAUGCUCACUUAUUUUAUCGCCACAGCAAGUGUCACAGCCACUACUCUACUCCUACCAAAGAUCGCAGAGGACUUGGGAACUUCUCAACUACAGACUCAAUGGGUCGUAUCUGCCUAUACGCUGACUUAUGGCUGCACCCUGAUGGUGUCUGGUAGAUUCGCAGAUCUCUACGGACGAAAAAUGCUCUUCCUUUCUGGUUUGGCUGUCGCUGCUGUAUUCUCCAUCUUAUCCGCUGUCAUCCGUAACCUCAUCGCUAUCUGCGUCCUACGAGCUUUAGUCGGACUGGGCUUGGCCAUCUCUUCUCCAGCCGGUUUCGGUAUCAUCGGCGUCACUUUCCGUAAAGAACCAGCACGUUCCGUCGCCUUUGCAGCUUUUGGUCUUGGUGCCCCUGUGGGUUCCACCACGGGUACAAUCUUAGGAGGGGCCGUAGCCGACUUGGGAAAACACGGAUGGGCAUAUCUGUUUUACAUCAUCGCCGGUCUCGCAGCCAUUCCUUGUCUGCUCGGUCUCUGGAUUAUCCCAUCUGAUCACCGUUUCCUUCGGGCACAAGCUGGUGACAGACGGAUAGACUGGCUCGGAGGAGGUUUGGUGACUACUGCCGUAUUCCUCUUGUCCUUCUCUAUCACUGAGAGCGGGCAAGUUGCAUCCGGGUGGAAAACGCCAUGGAUUAUCGUCAUGCUCGUACUCUCCCUCUUACUCUUCAUCAUAUUCGGGUUCUGGGAACAUCACCUCGAAACACGUACAACCCUUCCACCCAUCAUCAAGAUCUCCCUCUUCUCGAGACAUGGUUGGAAACUUACGGCCAUCAAUUUGACGGCAUUCUGUAUAAUGUUCUCUGCUUUCUCGGUGUUGUACACCCUGGCGUUAUUUUAUCAAGAUUACAAGGGUUUGGAUGCGCUGGGAAACGCUAUACGUCUUUUGCCGUCCAAUAUCACAGGCCUUUUUGCAGCUGGCGGAGUCAUGUAUCUGGCGCCUAGAUUCCGCGCACCUGUACUCAUCGUACUGGGAUGUAUUGCAACUGGAUCAACCUCGCUGUUACUAGCCGUUGAGCCUCGUGGAACAAGAUAUUGGUAUUGUGAAUUCUGGGCUCUGAUUUUAUUCCCUCCGGGGAUAGAUUUCACCGUUUGUCUAGGAAACAUCAUGAUCUCCAAUCUGGUUUCAGACGACGAACAAUCUGUAGCCGGAGCUUUGUUCCAGCUCAACACACAAAUUGCUGCUGUUCUAGGGGUGUGUUGUUCAUCUCUGAUCGUUACUACACGUACGCAAGCGACGGGAGAUAUACUAGUAGGAUUGAGGUCUGCUUGGUGGAUGUCUGCAGCGUUUGCUUGGUGUAGUGGCGUGAUCGUUGCUAUCAUGUUGCGCAAAGUAAGGUUAGCAAAAGAUAUAGCAAUGACUUUGAAGCCUACUGGUACUGUAUGA